AUGCAUCUAUCACCAGUGAUGACCAUCCCUUAUAUCCCAAGCAACAUCCCUCCCCGAUCACCCAACUCGAAGCCGAGGCAGAAGCAGGAGCCGUCAAGCCAUACACCACCUCCCAGACUAGUUCUAGGUGAGCGAAGAGUCAAGCCUAGGCUGAGCAAGCCAAGUCUGGACCCAGUCCUGGAAAGUGAUCAGCGCCUUUCGAGAGAUGUUGAACAGAUGGUCUCUGGAGAUGCCAACAAAGUAACAAGAAAGCACUCGUUGCCCAUCCUCUCCAGAAGACGAAGCGAAGUCUCAGAUGAACCAGUCUUGUUGAAGCAGAGUGACGAGGUAGGUGAUAGAGUGCGUUGUGCGUCUGCUGUAGUGGCAGAGAUCAAGACCAAUGUCAUUAUUGAAGACGAGUUUACUUUCAUCACCGAGCUAUCAGAGUACCUGUCCAUACGCUACAAUCGCCCUGCAUCAUGCAUUAUAACGACCCUUCAACAUGGCAUCUGCAUCCAAUUUGGCGGGAGUUGUGAUCCGUCUUAUAUCAUGAAGAUCGAAGCACUCGAUCGCGAUAUGCAGCCUGCAGCAAACAAGCGCAAUAUUGCUCUUUUACAGCGGCACAUGGAACAAGCCCUGGGUAUUCCUGCGUCCAGAGGUCAUCUUAGAUUUGUUCCUGUUGCCGAGGACUGCGCUGGGUGGAAAGGCAACACUAUUGCCGGGGAGAUAUUAGAUGCGAAAGACCGUGUGCAAGCAGUGACUGAACGUCGAGGGUCUAUCAGAGCUCCGAGACGAAGAUCCAGCAAGGUAAAUAAGUCCCUUGGGAUAUCCUCCAAUCCAAAGAACCCGGUCCUGAACACGUUGGAUUUAGGCGUUCCGAGAAACGAAAAGCAAAUCAGCUACAUCGAUAUUAACAGAGACCACUUCACAACAGAACGAUAUAACUACAAGAGUACCUUUGAAUGGUCCUUUAGACAGCAGGCCGGUAGUCGGGAGUGA